CGGGCCGGAAAGCGUGUCGUAGCGCCGCGGUCGGGUUCAAAUGGGAAGGUGUGGAUGGCCGGAGCUGUUCAGCUCUGAGCGCCAGACAUCGCCGCGGAUGGGUUCACGUUGAAGAAAGCGUCGAUAGGUUACGAUCUGGGAAUGAGAACAGGCUGCAUAGGCGUAGCAGUACGCAGAUUAACUGGGUGAACUCAGCGGAUGGGGUCGUAGGUCUCCACUAUAAAGAUUACGUCUAAUGUUGGGCAAGAGGAAACAUAGAGGUGGGGCGAGGCUGAGGCUGCUCAUCUAUAGCCGAAAAGAUUUGAUAAAUCAACCGUAAAUCAACGAACAGAGCCCCCGAGUCAGUUAAGUUUCGUUUUCCUGGAAAGUACCCCGAGAUUUCCCAGAAAUGAAAGUGAAACUAGUGGCCGGUUGGCGGGAGGCAAGUGCAGAACAAGCUGCAGUGUCGCGCUGAACCAGCAGCAGCGGAGAAGUAUAUGAAAAAACACGUCCCCGGACCAGGAGUGGAGGGUGUAAACGUCUAAUGAGCACAAUGAGCUCAGAUGAAGAGGAAUUCUAUGAUGCGGAUGACUCUGUAUCUAACGUCAACCAUGUGGAAGAAGAGAACAGAUCUCCAGCAUCACAACAAGACUCUCUGCACUCGCAGUGUCACCAGACACAUGAAGAGCCUGUCCCUCCAGAAAAAGUGCAGGUUUCUGAGGUUACUUUCAACUCAGUCUGUUUGAGUUGGGACACACCAGCUGGUGAAGUAUGGAGUUACAGGGUGAGCUGUUCCUGUGAUGGAAAGACUUUCCAAGAGAUGAAAACACACUCAAAUAGCCAUACGUUCUCCAACCUGACACCAGGAAAGGAGUAUUCCUUCCAUGUUUCCACACAACUGAAGAAUGGAAACCUCAGCAAGCCUGUUGUAAUUUCUGCACACUUACAGCCAGUCCCUCCAGAAAAAGUGCAGGUUUCUGAGGUUACUUGCAACUCAGUCUGUUUGAGUUGGGACACACCAUCUGGUGAAGUAUGGGGUUACAGGGUGAGCUGUUCCUGUGAUGGAAAGACAUUCCAAGAGACGAAAACACACUCAAAUAGCCAUACGUUCUCAAACCUGACACCGGGAAUGAAGUAUUCCUUCCAUGUUUCCACACAACUGAAGAAUGGAAACCUGAGCAAGUCUGUUGUAACCUCUGCACACUCAAAGACUCAGUUGGAGAGCCUACUGGAAGAUCUUGGUUUGCAAAAGUACUACCCAGGGAAGCUAUCACUGAGCGAUGUACUUAAGAUUGAGGAGAAGACUGUCACUGAUGAUUCUGCUGAGUGCCAUUCGGAUCUUUCAUGGUGUUUUCUCAAGAGAUUAAUGAUGGUUAAUGUAACAGCUCGGAAUGUGAAAUGUACACCAGUGUCUGAGUUAACAAGUGAUGCUACCAAUGAAAGUAAAGAUUUAGAUCAUCUUGAUGACAUGGUCAACAACCCAAAUCUAUGUGACACGAUAAACCCUUUAGACAUUGUCACUGCUCUCUUCCUGUGCUCAAAUGGUUUCCUACAGCAAGAAAUAGCACUGAAAAUGUCCAUGUGUCAAUUUUCGGUGCCUUUGCUGCUUCCUAGUAGUGGCACUCAUCAAUGCACGCUCAUGCUUUGGGCCAUGAGAGACAUUGUGAAAAAGUACAGACCUCAUUCGCUUUUAGAAAACAAAGGGUUUACUGAAGAAAGGAUUGUUUCAUCUGAGCUCCCAAUGGUCUCGUUUGUGAGAUUGGGUGAAUGCUCCUUUUCCAAAUCAGCGAUUCUUAAUAAGCUUCUCAGUAAUUCCCAACAGUAUCAUGACACCUUCAUUCACCGUGACAUGGAAUGUGGCGAUAGUCCAAGGAAAAUAUCUGAUGGACUGGUUGAAAUUAGCUGGUAUCUUCCCUGUGGGAACAAAAACAUGGAUAUUUUUGCUGAGUCCGUAGCUGUAGCUAACCUCAGAGGAGACAUCGCUUCAUUUGAAAAACAGUACUCAUUUUUGUGCCAGGCAUCUGCAGCAGUUUUUGUGUUCUUUGACAAUAUGGACAGUCAGUUCUUGCUGAAAGGCCAGCACAACAAGGCAAAGAUUUUCCUGGUUUGCAAUGUCCAGUGCAAGAGUUUCAGUCUUGAUGCUCUAAAAAAAGUAGCCGCUGAGUUGAACUUAAAUAAAAGCAACAUAAUUUUGAAGAACAAACAGAUGAAUGAUGCAGACUUUGUCAAAAACCUACGAAAUAUAGUCAGGGAUGUAGUCAAUAACACAGAGACCAAGAUGCAAGUGGAGCAGAUGGCUAAUAUCGCCGAUAAACUUGAAAUUUUGGUUGAUGAGGAUUCCCCAGAGUGUAAGAGUGCCAAGCAAAAUGCAGACGCCAUCACAAAAAAAAUCCAAGACAUCCCGAAGUACAAAGAUGACCAGCUUCUCUUGCAGGGUAAGCUAUGGAAAGAAUUGACUUGCUUAGAGAAGGAGGAAUGCAGGCUUAAAGAAGCUAGAGAUGAAAACAUAGAAACAUACAAAAGCAAUCUCCAGGAAAAGAAAAGAAAACUUAGGAAACAGCAGAAUGACUACGACAUGUCAAGCGCAAUGGGCUGUUUCAUUCAAGCGAUAUCAAGCCCAGGGUUAGAGAGGUCUUAUUUCCUGAAGUGGAUGCGAAUAAACCUUGAUAACUUGUCUCGAGAAAAGCUCUCUGGUCUCAGGGAGCAGUACAAAGAAAAAUGCCAGAACUCUGAAAACAAAGAGGAAAUUAAAGACCUUGACCUACAACUGUCUAACAGCUCCCUUGGGAUCGAACACUUUUUGCGGGAAAUGGGUCAGCUCUAUGAGUGUGCAGCCUCCCUUCCAGAAACUGAGGCAUCACGUCAACAGCUGCGGCAUCUGCCAAGACUAUGUGCAGAAUUGCUCCUUGAUGGAUUUCCUGUGGAGCUUGUAGAUGGGGAUGCAUCCAACAUACCUAUGAGAUGGGUGGCUGAUGUUCUCUCUACGCUAAAUGACAUGGUUAGUCCAAAGAACAAGAUCCUGGUUAUCACAGUUCUUGGUGUUCAGAGCACAGGAAAAUCCACUCUUCUUAACACCAUGUUUGGAGUGCAAUUUGCAGUUAGCAGUGGCAGAUGCACAAGAGGUGCUUUUAUGCUGCUCAUCAAAGUUGAAGAAGAUUUCAAAAAAGUGAUAAACUGUGACUUCUUAGUGAUCAUUGACACCGAGGGCCUGAAGUCACCGGAGCUUGCACAACUUGAUGAUAGCUAUGAACAUGACCAUGAGCUUGCAACACUCGUUGUGGGGUUGAGUGAUGUCACAAUAAUUAACAUUGCAAUGGAGAACCUGACAGAAAUGAAGGACAUCCUACAAAUUGUAGUCCAUGCUUUUCUCAGGAUGAAAGAAGUGGGAAAAAAACCCAAAUGUCAGUUUGUUCACCAGAAUGUGUCAGAUGUUUCAGCCCAUGACAAGAAUGUAAGGGACAGGACGCUACUAUUGCAGCAGCUGAAUGAAAUGACACAGGCAGCAGCCAGAAUGGAAAAGAAAGAGGAGAACAAGAACUUCACUGAUGUGAUGGAAUACAAUCCAGACACUGGAAACUGGUACAUCCCUGGACUCUGGCAGGGGAACCCACCAAUGGCACCAGUUAGUGCAGGCUACAGUGAGGCUGUUUAUGAGCUUAAGAAAAACAUAGUUAAGAUUUUAGGAGAAACUAAGUCAACUGCUAAUAAAGUCUUGGACUUUCUGGAGUGGACAAAAAGCCUCUGGACCGCUGUGAAACAUGAGAACUUCAUCUUUAGCUUCAGAAACAGCCUGGUGGCUGAUGCCUACAUGACGCUGUGCACAAAUUUCAACAAAUGGGAAUGGGAAUUUAAAAAACACAUGUACACUUGGACAACAACAGCUGAAAGAAAUAUCGCAAACUUUGAUACAUCAGAGGCAGAAACUGAGGAGCCUAACCUGGACAAUUUACUCUGUCGUUUAAGUAACGAUGCUUUGUCAGAGCUGUCUAAAUGGGAGGCAGCUCUUCUUCAAAAUCUAGAACAGUAUUUCAAGCAAAGUGAUGGCCAUGUCCAUCUAGUGGAGCGUUACAGAGAGGACUUCUCAAACAGUACAAAAAGUCUCAGAGGCCGAUUGGAGAGCUCUGUGCUUAAUCAACUGAAAGCAGCAGCUGAUAUCCAACAGGGUAACUCUAAGGUUAAAAGACUCAACAAGGACCAUACAAAAAAAUUAGAAGACAAAGUGUUUCAACUGAUUUAUGAAUGCCGUAAGAAUAACGCUGACAUGACAGACGAAGAACUAGACAAAGAAUUUGACAAGAUGUGGGAUAAAACUGUGAGUGAAUUAUCCCUCACAGACUUGAAGGUCAGUGACAUAUUUGGUAAGGUGGAAUACCAACUGAGGAUAAAUCUUUCCCACAAGGGGAGUCAUGCCAGUGAAUUACUAAGUCAAAGAAAGCUGCCUGAAUGCGGGAAAGAGUCUUUCAAAAUCAAGCCUGAGGUAUGGUACAAGAGGAUAUUUAGACAAGAUUUCACAACGGCUCUGCAACAAAUGUCUGAUAGCAUCAUAAAAAGUUGCAAAGAGAAAGUGUCUGGGCAUGUGCAAAAAAAGACCAACUACCAUGACACUUAUAUCCUGGAGAUCCUGCACCUGAUUGAUGAGGGGCUGAAUAAGAGUAAAGAUCUCCAGAUAAGUAUUGGCAUGGAAGUUGCUCUGAAACAACACAUUUGUGGAAAGUCAGCUCACGAUUUUCAGAAAAUGCAUGAAGAUUUCAUUGAAGAAAAUGAUCCUCUCAAAUGUCUCGAUAAAAACAAAGAUAAGUAUCGAGUCGAUUUUAAGGAUAUUUUCCUCAAACGUGACCAGUGUCAAAAGAAAGCAGAGGAGUUCGCGAAACUCUGCCUGAGGCCUGCAGUGGAGGCUUAUGUUUCCAGUUCCUUGGGUCCAGAUGUUAUUGAUGCAAUGCUGGAAGGAGACAACUCGGCACAAUUCGGCACGCGCAUAUUGUUCCAGUACUCCAUUCUGAAGGAUUUGCUCUCAGAAUUCAAAUUCAAGAAAUAUUUGAGUUUUAUUUGUUCAUAUGAAGAUUUUGCAAAGACGUGGAUUUUUGACCAAAUUUUGAAAAAGUUCUCAAAUGGGACUAAAAUGUCAGAGUUGGAAGAUCGCCAUUUAACAAAAAGCACCGAUCAUAUAAUUAAGGCUAUCAAAGAGGUCCAAAUGAAGAAGAGCAAAAAUUUGUUAGAAUUUGUUGAAGAGAUUCGCAAGGAACUUAAAGAACUGGUCAUUCCACAGGAUGCAUUUGUAGCUUUCAACAUCUUGAACAAUGCCAACCAGGAACAGUUUGCUCAUUAUCUAACAAUAUCUGUGGAAGAAAUGAAACAAGCUCUUAGGGAGUCAUUCAAACAAAAAGACACCAAAGACAGGUUUGAAGGCCUUGGUAUGAAUCCCCAGGAUGAGCUAUUCAAAAAGGUGAUUGGAUGUGGAAAACAGUGUCCAUUCUGCACUGCACCUUGUGAGGCAGGAGGAGAGGCCCAUAAAGAACACUGGGCUUCGAUACAUAGACCACAAGGCCUUGGUCAGUUCAGGUGGCAUGACUCUAAGAAAUUGGUCACUGAUAUAUGUUCCUCUGCUGUGAACAGUGAGAUGAGAUUUCGCUGCCAUGCUACAAAUUAUGAGUCGCACCCUUAUCAGAAAUACAGAGAAAUUUUCCCUGAUUGGAACAUUCAAGCAGAUUCAAGCAUUGAGGCAUCAGACUACUGGAAAUAUGUGAUGACCGAGUUCAACCACAAAUUUGCCCAAACACAUGGUGCAAAGUCUGCUGACAUCCCUUCAGCUUGGCAUGAUAUCAAACGCGAUAGUGCAGAAAAAAGUCUCAACGUGUCAUUUAACGUCAAGUGAGAGCCACAAUCCACAACAGUCAUUUUAUCUUGGUAACAACAGUCCAAAAUAGAAGGGGAUUUGAAAAUAGCUCUAAUGUUUUCCCUCUUUCAACAUGAUCAUGACCCUCAUUGUUUUAAUUUCCAAAGGCAGCCUACGCUGCUGAAAAUGAUAGGGAACACUUAUAUUUCUCCCUCUUGAAGUAUCGGUAUUAACUGUAGUUAUACUCUUUAUCUUCUCAAUCAGUGUAAACGUUAGUUUCUUGGUUAAUCAGAUAUCACACGUGUUUGAUUUGGCUACUUUGCUGGAAAUGGUGUAUACUGUCAUUACUUUUUUUGUGGUGGUUUAUGUUUUACAACUAAAGAAAGGAAUAGCAUUGCCGGUAGAUUUGCUCUUUAGCAACAGAAUAGCAAGAUUUUUUUUCCCCCUCAGCAUCGUUUCUUUAUUUAAAGUGAUCGGAGAAAUUCUCAAAUGUACUUUUGUCAAUCUGAAAUGUUUGCACUUGUUCAAUAAAAAGUGGGUUCUCAAAUCACCUUUUGGUGUUCUGAUAUAAUUAGCAGUAUUGACAGGAAGUACGGUUUAGAGACAUGUGGGAUGACGAGGAACAAAUGUUCCAAGAGUUGAUUUGAACCCCAGACAGCUGUGGCCAACUGAGCUACCAGCAUGCUUGUCAAUGUUCUUUUCUUUCUUUUUCUUUUUUUUUCAUUCACUGCAAACUGUUAGAGGAUUUAGAAGUUUGGGACAUCGCCCCCCCCCCCUUUUAUCCCCAACUGUACUUGGCCAAUUGCCCCACUCUUCUGAGCCGUCCCGGUCGCUGCUCCACCCCCUCUGCCAAUCCGAGGAGGGCUGCAGACUACCACAUCUCAUACAUGUGGAGUCGCCAGCCGCUUCUUUUCACCUGACAGUGAGGCAUUUCACCAGGGGGAUGUAGCGCGUGGGAGGAUCACGCUAUUCCCCCCAGUCCCCCCCCCCGAAUAGGCACCAGAGGAGGUGCUACUGCAGCGACCAGGACACAUACCCACAUCCGACUUCCCACCCGCAGACAUUGCUUAAGAAAAUUUGAAGAAUCUAUUUGUGCAGUUUGUUCAUCAGUUUCAGACGUGCAUAAUGUAUACAACACUUCUGUUAAAUGAUUCAGUGACUUCUGCAUUGAGAGCAUAGCCAAUAAAAAGACAAGCUGAGCAGACUGGCUAUGAAUGUCUUUAAUGUUUCCCAGAUCAGAAUCACAGCAUACAGUGUGUAAUAACUUCUAAAGUAAACAGAAAUAUCAUCACCUUAUUUAUAUAGUUUUACUUUACUUUUUUUUUAAUAAUCAUCUUUUUUAAGUCUUAUUAUUUAACAGUUUUCUUCAUCUCAUGUCUUGGGUUUCUGAAUUCAACAAAGAAUGUAAAAACAAGACAACAGGUGCAGCUUCACCAUCAAGACCAAGCAAAAAUCCACCUGAAAGUGUGUGUGUGUGUGUGUGUGUAUGUGUGUGUGUGUGUGUGUGUGUGUGUGUGUGUCCGUGCCAUCAAGGUGUGUUAAUCCUGUGCUUCGAUGCAUCCGUGCCCAUACAGAAGGUCUCUAAAUGACCAUUGACAUCGUAAACCUCUAAAGUUCUCAUUAGGCCAAAUAACCCUGCUAUGCUUUUCUUGUCAAAAUGUUAUCAGAUGAAUUGGAACACUGUGCACUACUAAUGGCAGUUCUACAAGAGGAUGGCACGUUAAUAACAAGGCUAUGGUCGUGUCAUUUAUUUUCGAUGUGAUACUUGUAAAUAAAUGAAUAUUGUGCAAUUUGCAUUUUAACUCAUUUAAAAGCAACGUGAAUGGUCUGGCUGUGGGUAUCUACUCUGAAAUGUCUUGAAGCCUAAAUAAGACAAGGCCCAAAUGUGGCCCCAACUGCAUGAGUCACAAGACUGCAGCAGCAUGUCCAUGAAUGGCCCAAAGACUGUA